UUAAGCUAAAUAUGUUUUCUAAAUCGACACAAUAAACGAACAUUUCAUAUCUGUGAAUACAUACUGCUAAAAUAGCUUUAUUUAGGCCAUAGGUAAGGACGGUCCAUGGAAUACAAACCAAGUACUCAUUGGCUUGACAACAAAAAAAACACUCAUUGGAAAUAUAUAUGUUUAGCAAUUACCAUAGACUCGCUAAACAGGAAUGGAGAAAUAUAACAUAAUUAGAUUUUUCCUUUCAUGAAUCCAUUUCAUUUUCAUUAUAAUCAAAAGCUAUCCCAAGAAGCUACAGUAACAUGGUUAAUUUGCCAUCAGAAACAUAAUAACAUAGUGUGAACAAAAGGAAUCAUGUUUAAUUAGAAUGUAAAAGCUAAAAGGUAUUAGGUUCUUAAAAUCAUGCCAGAGAUAUGAAACCAAACAUUUCUAGUAAAAUCGAAAAGGAAAAUCAAACAUAUUUCUGUGUAGUAAAACCACAUUUAACCGCGUGUGUAAUCUAGUACUGAAUUAAUUUCACGUUGCUAAUUAACAUUGAUUCCAAACACACUAUCAAAAUUAAGUUUACAAAAUGUAAUCCAAACAUACAUUUGUUUGUACCGUUACUAUGUAUCACCAUUUUAAACAGUAAUCACAAUUGCCCGCCGUAAAAUUAAGAUAUUUUGACUUUUUGUAACCGCACCGUGACGGUAAUUAUGAAUCACCCGCAAUACAACCGCGAUCACAAUUUAACAUCAUGCUAUACGUUAUAUACUUGUAUUAAGUUAUUAACAAAUUCCAUAUAAUAAUAAUAAUAAUAAUAAUAAUUUUAUGUAAAAAGGGUAGAGACAUCAGCAUGUGUGAUUGUGAAGGUGAAAAUCUAAAGAGUAGAGACAAAAAUCCGUACAGUGGAUGUGCAGAGAGAGAGGGAGAGGGUGGACAGCAUAUUAGACAAAGAAAAAGGGUAAGGAAAAGCAGAGAGAGAGAGGGGCAGUUUGGAUUGAGAAUUAGUGUGAAAGGCACGAGACAUGAGGAGACCAAUAAAUGAGAAUGGUGGAAAAAAAAGGGUCAAGCGAUGAGCCUCAUCAUGCCCCUCAUGAUCGUUACGUCCUUUUACAUUCUCUUCUCCCCAAACAUAGACCAGAAUUCCACGCUUCCUUUCCUCCUCUGGGUCUCUUCUUCCACACUCUCUUUUUUCCUUUUUUUAUUUAUUUAUUUAACAAUCUUUCUCUCUCUCUCUCUAAAGUCGUCUAAACACACCCUUCACUUUUGUCCCAUGUUGCACCAACACCACCACUCUCAACCGACUAAUCUUUCAACAACAACAUUUUUUGCUUUAAAUAAUAUUACAUGGACAUUUGAUAUGCUACCUAACACACCUAGUGAGAGAAAAAAAAUAUAAAUAUAUAUGAAAAUUUAUAACGUGAGAGAAAAAAAAUAUAAAUACAAAAAUAGAUAUUGAUAAAAUAUUCAUGUAUUAUUGCUAGCUUGCUUUAUUACCAUCCAUAUAUAUAUAUAUAAACUUUGUCUACUUUUCAUUUCAUGUAGCUAGGACUUACCAUUUUUCAAUCUAUCUGGUCCACCACUCUCUUCACAAACCUACUGCUUGCAUGCUACCUCUACUCUUCACACUACACACUCUUCCUUUUCUUUGUUUUUGCUUCUUCUUCUUCUUUUUUUAUCAACUUCAACACCAUUCUAGUAUAUACUCUAUCAUUUCAACUCCCAUUGCCAAGUGACAAGGGAAGGACGAUAGAGACAGAUAAACAAAUCUAUUUAAAGCACUCCCACUUUUAUAUAUAUGCCUAUAUAUUUAACACACCCCUUUCAUUGUUUUAGUAUAUAUAUAUAUAAGCUGAUAAAGCUAGUACCUAGGUAGCUUCGUUCUGUGCUAUAUAUAUAUAUAUAUAUAUAACCUUUUUUCUCCUAUCACCCUGGUGAUCACACACACAUAAAAGGAUACACCAAAAACCCUAGCCUUUUUGCUCUCAUUGGCUACCAAAAUGUGGAUGAUGGGUUAUGAAGGUGGUGAGAUCAACAUGGUUGAACAUUCACUCAGUACAGGAAGGAAACUCAAGCCUCUCAUGCCAAGGCCAAUGACGACAACAACCACUCCUAGCUUAUCUCACAUCCAUGGGAAUGAUUUCCUUUCACAAUAUCGUUAUCACCAUCUUGUGGCAGAAAAAAACAAGAGAGAGUUCAAUGGUGCAACACCAGUUGUGGUGAGCUCAAGGUGGAAUCCAAGCCCAGAGCAACUAAGAGCCCUUGAAGAAUUGUACAGAAGAGGAACAAGGACACCAUCUGCUGAGCAAAUCCAACACAUCACUGCACAGCUUAGAAGGUUUGGUAACAUUGAAGGGAAGAAUGUGUUCUAUUGGUUUCAGAAUCACAAAGCCAGGGAGAGGCAAAAGCGCCGCCGCCAAAUGGAAUCAGAUGCUGAACCUCCAGAGAAGAAAGAUUUAGCUGCAAGUAGGACAGUGUUUGAAGUUGAACGGACCAAGAACUGGACACCCUCAACAAACUGCAGUACUAUGGCAGAGGAAUCUGUUUCAACACAAAGGACAGCAAAAGCAGUAGCGGCUGCAGAGAGUAGAACAGAUGGAUGGCUCCUAUUAGAUGAAGGGGAACUACAACAAAGAAGGAACCUUUUCGAAAGGAAUGCAACGUGGCAUCAUGUGAUGCAGUUACCUUGUCCUUCUCCUUCUGCACCUGUCACCCAUCUCAUAAACACCACUCCUAAUGCCUCUGCAGCUAGUAGCAGCAUGACCACUACUACAACCACAGUAACAACAACAAGAAGAAGAAAAAUGGACCCAAACCUCAUUAUUAAGACACAUGAUCUCAGCUUUUUUAUUUCACCCCUGCAGAGAGAAAACAGUGUUAUCUACUUAAGUAGUAGCAGUAGUACUAGUGAAGAUGAUAACUGUGUGGAUGAGUCUCAAACCCUUCAACUUUUCCCAUUAAGGAGUACUGGUGAUGGAAGCAGUGACAACAUGAUGAAGGAUAAUGAGACAGAGAUAUCAACUUCAGCAAUGAAUAAUGCCAACAACUUGACCACCCCUGGCCAGUUUUUUGAGUUCCUUCCUAUGAAGGAGUAAUAUGAUCAGCUGAAACACAUAUAUGCUAUGUUUGUAAAAUGAUGGGAAUGUGUUUUGAUUUUGUUGUUUUGUUGGAAAAAUGGCACUGCUUUUAUUGUUAGUUGUUAGAUGAUGCGAUGUUUCAAGGAAUUGGUGCUGUAAUAUGACACUGACUUUGAAUGAAGGUGUUGCAUUUUGCCUUUAACUUCA